CUCCUCACAACAAAACCAACCAUGGCUAUGACUGUGUGCAACUCUUGGAACCCAUUAGUCCCGUCAAGUACUAUUCUUCUUUGUUCUCUGUUCUUCUUCACCCUUUACUAUUUCCCUCUUCAAGCAAAUUCGCUAAGCUUCAACUUCACGAAGAUUGAUCAAAAGCGUGAAAAUAUCGACAUAAUAGCUGAUCCACUUGCUUAUAUCAAUGAAGAUGGCUUCCAAGUCACCCCAAAUGACUGGGGCUUGAAUCGAUUGCAAAAAGCCGGUCCAGCCAUGCAUAAAGAUCCUCUUGUGAAAAAUAAUGUGAGAACUGGGCAAUUCAAUUCGACUUUGCAAAUCGAUAAGAAGAGGAUGGGUGAAAACAACAAAAAGGCACUGGGGGUGGUUGUCGGUUCAUUUAUUUUGGUUAUUAGUGUGUUAGCUUUGCUUGGAUUUGUCUUGUGGAACAAAAGUAGUGAUAAAGCAACAAAAAAAGAAGAUGAGCUUGCUAUUGAAUUAUCCGUGGACAAUGAAUUCGAGGUAGGUACCGGACCAAAGAAGUUUUCAUAUGGUGAAUUAAAUCGUGCAACAAACUACUUUGCGAAGGAACAGAAGCUUGGAGAGGGAGGAUUUGGUGGGGUUUAUAAAGGUUUCUUGAGGGAAUACAACCUCCACGUCGCUGUGAAGAGAAUAUCUAAGGGAUCAAAACAAGGAAUAAAGGAGUACAUAUCAAAAGUGAAGAUCAUUAGUCGGUUGAGGCAUAGAAAUUUGGUCCAACUACUUGGCUGGUGUCAUGAAAAAAGAGAAUUCUUACUUGUUUAUGAGGUCAUGGAAAAUGGAAGCUUAGAUUAUCAUCUCUUCAAAGAAAAAAGUUUAUUGACAUGGGCAAUAAGGUACAAAAUUGCUAAAGGCUUGGCCUCAGCAUUGCUCUAUCUACACGAAGAAUGUGAACAAUGUAUAGUGCACAGAGAUGUAAAAUCAAGUAAUGUCAUGUUGGAUUCAAAUUCCAAUCCUAAACUUGGGGAUUUUGGAUUAGCCAGGCUUGUUGACCACGAUAAAGGGUCACAAACAACAAUUUUGGCAGGAACAAUAGGUUACAUGGCACCAGAAUGCCUAGUUACAGGCAAAGCCAAUAAGGAAUCAGACGUCUUUAGUUUUGGAGUUGUGGCACUAGAAAUAGCAUGUGGAAGAAAACCCAUUACUAGUAAUUUUUGGGAAAAAUUGGGCCGAGCUCCGAGUUUGGCUUCGAGGCCCAAAACGCGAAGGACUAAGUAA